CCGCCCACAGUCUCAGCUGCCGCUCAGCGCGCACGCGCGCUCUUCACCACCGAGCCCGCGGCGCCGAGGCCGCCAAAGCCUACAGCGCCCCCUGUCGGUCAGGGGCCUCCUGCCAACCAACAGCUUCCAACCACAGGUUACCAUCUAGAAAGGACAGAGGACCAGGACCCCAAUGUGCCAGGUGGAGUUUGAGCUGGCCUGCGCUGCUAUCAAGCAGCUGAAGGGUCCCGUGAGUGACCAGGAGAAACUGCUGGUGUACAGCUUCUACAAACAGGCCACCGAGGGCGACUGCAACAUCCCAGCCCCUCCCGCCUCCGAUGUGAAAGCCAAGGCCAAGUGGGAGGCAUGGAACGUGAACAAAGGGAUGUCCAAGAUGGAUGCCAUGAGGAUCUACGUUUCCAAAGUGGAAGAGCUGAAGAAAAAGGAGGCCGGUUAAUAACAUGCUUGAAGAUGGCAGGAAAUUGACAUAGGUUUCUUAAAAGACUUUGAUGGCUGAAAUACCCUGACAUGGUGGCUAGGUUAGUUGAGACAUUAAUAAAUCACUUGAGCUGCAUGA